AUGGUCUACAACAGCAACUUUAUUGAUAACACGCAUAUGAAGGAAGACAGGAUGUGGAAAGGCCACGAUGAAGAUGUACACACUGAUGUUCUGUUGACUUAUGAAGCUGAUGGAGACUCAAAUGUUGGCGAAGAUGACAAUAAACUUGUUAUUGGAUAUGAAGAUGCAAAGCUGAAGGCAGCAACCUGA